AUCAUCCCUUACCUGCCAGCUGGUCUGGCAUCACGAUAACAAUGUCUCUCCUUAUGAAUGAGGAGUUCUCGAUCUAUCAGCUACGUCUGGGCUAUCUCAACCAGAUCCACGACGGCGUUGGCGAGCGAUUGAUCAAUCUGAACCCCGCUGUGCUGAACAACCCAGCAUUUCGCACCGCGGGCUGGGUUCCUGACACGGCUGCGAUCAAGCGAUGCUAUUCUCCACCGAUACCCACCGGGACCUCCGACUUCAGCAAUGAGUAUUUCCACCGCCCACAGCGAAGACCCACGGCUGGGCAAUUUGAGGAUGAAGAUGGUAGAGGCAUGGUCACGGGCCAGGGCAGUGAGGAUACCUUGGGACCGACAGGUCUGCGGAAUGAGAGGAAACGUGAAAGGAGACGGCGGAAAGAGCAAGUAGAGGAGGACGACAGCUCGGAUCUGAGCGACGACAGUGAUGAAGAUGAGAAAGGUCCAGCGCAGAGCAUCAAGUUCAGCAAGAUGCCUGUCCGACAUCGAGCACACUCUUCUCCCCCACGGGAGCCGGGCCCUCUGGUAGAUGAUGGUCCAGCUUUGCUCAUUACCAGUCCGUCUCGGCCGCCGGAAUCUACCUUGCAGCGACUGCGUAGUGGGAGCGCCGGUGCCGUGGAAGCGGUGAAACAGCGAGCGAGGAGAGACACGGCAACGAGCUCCGACAUGUCAAGUGACAACGAUGUCGCGCCAUCUACCUUCAAGAGAAAGCUUCCCGGCAGGCCCGGGAAGGGUCCAAGCAUGUUGGCUGUCGAGGAUGACAUUAUGGAGGAAGAAGAUAACGGCAACAAUUACCUGGAAGACGACGACGACAUCGGCGAGGCGUCAGACUUGAGCGACGAAUUCGAAGGCACAGCCGACUCGCCAUCGAUGUUGGGAAUACAAGGCGCAAAUAGCGGUAUCUCGACAUCAAAACAGCAAAAGGAACUGCUACCAAAGCUUCCCAAGCUACCUCCUGGUCAAAGACCUAUGAGUAUGGCUCAGCCAACGUCGAUGAUCAGCAUGAUGUUGAAGGGAAGUCCAUCUGCAGCGGACGACAAGCCCUUCCAGCGGUUUGCAGUACUGUCUGGCAAAGAUGAAACGAAUCCCUUGUGGAUCAAAAUUUACGCCCCGUUUUCGGAGACGCCCACCAAGCCUGUCGAAGUACCAUUGAAACGGACCAAAGAUGAUCGUCCAAUCACUGUCUCGGAGCUUAUUGGUCUGGCACUGUGGAGGUAUGUCGAGGAAGACUUUAAGCCGCCACUGCAAGCCGAUGAAGGUAACAUCAACCACUGGACAUUGCGUAUUGUCGAAGACGAAGAGAUCGAUUUCGACUUUCCAGCUCUUGCACGCACUCGACCAGUCGUGGACUUCACCUCGAACAACAACAGGCCGCCACAACGACGAGCAAGGGACAAGCCUUGGGAUGAAUUCGGACUGGUCAAGGCAACACCCGAGCAGUUCAAGGAGAACGAGCAGCUGACACCUCAGCUUGGAGAAGCGUCUAGGCCUGCUAAGACUGCGGUACCCGUAAAUUCGGCUAAUACUCAAAGUGAAUCCGCGCCACGAAUGCCUCCUGCGCCGUUAAGAAGAGGGACAUCAGAUGGACAACAAGCACCGGUCGCGCCUAGUUUCAAUCCUGCUCGCAACCCGAUCACAGGUCCCUCAUUCGCACCGAGUGCAUUGAAGAAAGAUGCGUCCACCCGGCUUGACCUUCCGCAACGUGAAGCCAGACAGGGCGCCUCGAAGACUGGCGCCCCUCGGACUGUCAUUGUUCAUCAUACAGACCUGCAGACCUUUGCUAUCCGUUCGGAACGGUUCGAAACGACGACAGACAGCUAUAUUGCCGAAAUCUUCGAGUCGACAUGCACCCGUCUGGGGCUCGAACGAGCGCUUUACGUGCUCAAAGUUCACGGUACUCAGACCGUGGCACCACCCGACCGCACCAUCGAAGCUCUUGGGGAUCGUCUUCAGCUUGAUCUCGUCCAACGUCGCUUCCCAGGUACGGGCAUGGGUCUCUCCGGCUCACCCGGCAGCUCAUCGCCUAACGCACCCCUCGAACUCACGCCUGCCAACGCCACUCCGUCUCACGCCCGCAAAAAGGGCAUGAAAGGGCUGAUGUACCCCUUGACCGCGCAACAACAACGAUCCAACAACGUCGACCUCCAACAAACCUCCUCCCACAUCCUUGGCAUCGGCCAAGAAGGCAAACGCUACAAUGUCCUCCGCAAACAACCACUCAGCUUCGCCGCCACUCACCCGCGAACCUUGAUCAUCACACCAGAGUACAUCACCGUCAUGCCCGCAGCUCCUGGAUCGCUGGCGGCACCGACGGGUAAAGUGACGAACGUACCCAUGAGUUCGGUAAUCGGCGCGAAAGUGAGUCGGAAGCAUCCGAAAAUGGUGAGGAUACUGGUGUUUCGCGAGAAGGAGACGAAAAGGUAUGAUUUCGAAGCGGCGACGAGGGAGGAAGCGGAGGAGAUCGUGGCGGACGUGAGGAAAGGAAUGGAGGUGUUUGGACUCGGAAUAGGAGAGUGA